UGUUAAUCUUUUAUGUUCGGAUUCACCGUGUUUCUUUUUAUUGUGUCUGAGUUUCUGACGUCUUAUGAGUCGAUCAAGAGGCGGGAAAUGUCUUCAACACGGCGACCUUCACACUUUUAAUAAACUUAACCUAUUUCUUAAAACACCAAUGGCUGUGAAUCAUUUGAGCCGACUGCGUCCGUUGCUGUGUCAGUCCGUGGCGCGACAUCUCAGAUGUGGCCCGGUGGUCCCCGCAAAGCUCAGCUCCCCGACUUUCUUCCCUGACGGUCUUUCCCGGCCCGCUGCGUGCGUCCGCCUCUAUGCCACCAAGAAAGCCAAAGCCAAGACAAAAGGACAAGCGGCCAAGGUGAAUAUUACCGCCGCUCUAGUGGAAGACAUCAUCAGUCUGGAAGAAGUGAAGGAAGACAUGGCGGCUGUCGUCAAUGCGCUGAAAGAUGACUUCACGCGCAACCUCAGCAUCAGAACGUCGCCCGGAGCCCUGGACCACAUUGUGGUGUCAACACCAGAUGGGAAGUUCCCUCUCAACCAGCUGGGCCAAGUCUCCAUGAAAUCCCCUCAGCUCAUUAUGAUCAAUAUGAGCAGCUACCCCGAGGCUACCUCGGCAGCAGCCCGUACCCUGAGAGAGAGUAGCAUGAACCUCAACCCUGAGGUGGACGGGACAAUCAUCAAGGUGCCUGUACCUAAAGUGACACGUGAGCACAGAGAAAACCUCGCCAAGACGGCCAAGCAGUUCAGCAACAAGGCCAAAGACUCUCUGAGGAGAGUGCGCUCAAACGCCGUGACGCAAGUGAAAAAAGCAAAGGAGGGACAAUCGGAGGACACCAUCCGACUCGUCGAGAAACAGAUUCAGCAGAUGGCCGACAAUAUCGCGGCAGACAUUGACAAACAGCUCGCGGCGAAGACCAAGGAGCUGCUCGGAUGAAUGUUAGCGCGGGUCCCGGAGAAGCCAGGUCGCCCAGCGUUUGCUGCCACUCAUCUGAUCUCAAUUACCAGGCAGCGCCGGGUCACAGCCUGCAUGGAUGCACACUGGAGAAGACAAGCAAGCAAGUGUGCCUUUCUCUUUUGCUUCCAAUUGACACAUUGCCACCCCGACGUGAACCUUACACCCCUUUACGUUUCCAUGACUGCAGCACACACGCUACACUUUAAGACGCUCUCAAACAGAGGGACCCCCCGGGCCGGCGGUAAUGAUUACACUUGUAAAUUUGCUGGGUCAGAAAUAACCCAAUUUCGGUCAAAAAUUCGACUGACCCCACUACUUGGGUCAAUUUGACCUGAUGAUGAAAUUUUUUUUCCACAAAUAACUCCUAUGGCGACACUGUAAACAAAUGCUGCUCAGCUAGCAGGCGCCAUAGCUUGCUAGUAGACACAUACUUUUGGCGGUAUGGUCAAACGCAUUUGACCUUGCCAAUAAGGAAGCAGCCCGAAGCGAACUAUUACUUUCCAAUUGACUAUUGCAUCACUUGGCAAUUAACCAGACCAGUUUAAGUGAGAAAGUCAUCAUGGGGUGAACUUUAACCCCGUGCCAUCAACCUGCUUAAUCACAAGUCUGACACAAUUUCUUGUUUACACUUUUACUGCGCCGAUUUUUUUAAAAUGCAUUUAAGUGGCACACAUUUAGCAAUUCCAACUAUUGAGCUGCGACAACUAUUUAAGUGACUCCUUUUGAAUGCAUUCAGUGGGUCAGUGGAAGAAGGAGACCAUCAGGUUGUUCUGUUCUAAAUACUGUAGAAGCGUGUGCAUGCCUUUUGGUGUAUGGUCCGUGUGCAUUUACAUCUCUACAUCAUCAUAGGAUAAUUGCUUCCUCAUGCUUCCCUUCUUCCCCUCGCCGCGAAUAUUAAUUACCAGAAGACGAAACCAAGCCCUUUGGUCUGCAAGGUUAAGGUCAAAAGAGGAAAUAGGGGGCCGCGUGUGUGUGUGACUGUGAAUGCAAAAAAAAAAAACCCUCACCAUACAAUUACAAAGCAGUAAAGUUUCACGGGAUAAACUUGUGAGCCAAUUAUUUUCAGAUAUACUAUAAAUAGUUUUUUUUAUUUAUUCAACUUUUUUUGUUUGUCUGAUGCCCUUAGGUGUUGAUUUUUAAAGCAACCUUGCUCCUUAAUCGUCCUUAUUCCUUAUUUUAUCCACUUUGGCAUAAUGAGCUGAUUCGUUUUUAUAUAUAUUUAUAUAUAUGGCAAUGACUUCGAAAUAAAGCUUGAUCUUGAUCCUUGAUAAACUGGAUUGUGUUACUGUGCUAAGACACAACUUUAAAUGCAUUAUAAAAAUAGUAAAGCGAUCGUUGAAUAAAACCUGCCCUAAACAAAUCAGUAUUUCUUAUUUUCCAAUUAGUGAACCUAAUUUAUUGGCACCAUAAUUGAAAAUAUGGACAACCAUACAGAGGGCGUGCUGACUUUGUGUGGGCAGGUAGAUGGCGCCAUCUAGUGACUUUUUGGACGUUUUAUAUAAACCCCAGGUAGGGGUCAGCAAUCGCUUAGAAAAAGAGCUACGUACUUGCGCUUGCACAAAAUACUUCAAUUAUAUGUCUAAAUUACAGCAAUUGAUGUUCAUUUAACCAUCCAUCUUUUCUCAAAAAUAAUCAUCAACAAUGAUUUGAAAAGGUUAGAAACAAUUUAUUUUUAUAAGUGUUUUUAUUUUCCUGUCAUAACGUUUACAUCAUUCCCAGGAAAUCAAAAUGAUCCAUUACUAGCGAGCUGGUUUUAGAACCAGCCCUUACACAAGUCUGAAUACAAUACUAAACAGAUGAUUACUUUCAGGUCCCAUGUCUUUAAGAGUGAAAUUAAAUCUUACAAAUGCACCAUUAUGAAUACGCCCUGGUGUACAGGAGCCAUAUUUAAAUAGUGUUACUAUAUUACCCUUACAAAGAUAACAUUGUCAAAGAGGUUGAGGCUGUAGAGGCCCUCUGUCGUCACAACGCUGGUGCUGGGAUUGAGAUUUCGCCCGUGAGCAUCCUCCCAGGCCACCGUAGACAUCGGUUAGCCCUUGGACUGGCAUCAUAAGACGAGCUCGCCUCUGGUUACCAACUUGGAAGUUUUUUUGUGACUGUUUCAUAAGGUACUGCAAUAAUGAGAUAAGGCACAUGAUCUAAUAUUGAAAAGCUUUCUCAACGAAAUGGUUGACACUACAAAAUGCCUGAAACAUCAUGCAGAAACAAUCACAUUCUUGCAAUGAUGUCAAAGUCAACAGGUAAGCAGAGCUGCAUUGAUUUUUGUCGAAGGCA